GUGUCUUUGUCUAUUCUCUCAUCUCUAGCUCUAUAUUUUCUGCUAGCGGUACGCAAGGGAAUAGCUACCUGAAACAUAAGUCGAAGCCGACUAUACUACCCUAAAAAGAAUUCGAAAAUAUAUCUAAGCUAUAUACAAAAGACUAUAUAGGAGGAAAAUGAAAGCAUCAACACUUGCCGCCGUGCUGGCACCCUCAAUUGCCUCCGCGCAAUGGUGGAAAGGCGCUCCUAGUUGCGCUCAAUCCUGCCUAUCCUCCGCCUGGCAAAGCCCCAGCAGCACCGUAACCAGCGGUUGGCCCGCCCAGUCUGCAUACUGCGACGCCUCAGGCACGGGCCCCAGCGUCGGGUCCUGCAUCAGCAGUGCCUGCUCCUCCGCGUCCUCGACCACGGCCUACGAGUCCUACAGCUCCCUAUCGAGCUCCCUAUGCUCGCGGUACUCAGACUGCACGUCGGCGGGUAGUACUGGUGUGCGAACUGUCACGUACUCUGGCGGUUCGGUUACUUGGGCCGCACCGGGUGGCUGGGGAUCUAAGGCUUGGGGCGGAGGGCCUGGGCAUAAUGGGUGGGGUAGUACUAGUGGUGCGUCGUCCGGUAAUGCGUCUGCGACGGAUGAUCCGUAUCGCCAGUAUUGGAGCGAGUGGGCGUCGGCCUUCGCUUCGUCGCGGACUUGGACUGGUGGCGUAGCUACGGUUACUGGUUGCUCGUUCGAUGGCUCGCCUUGGUAUGUUGGACCUGGGUGUGGGUGGAAUGGACUUGGUGGAUUUGACGGAUGGGUUGGCUGGGGUAGUGGUUGGAGUUGGGGUCCGACGACUACGCAGACGGUUACGUUUACUACUACGGACUCGGCGGGGGCUACUAGUACUGGCACGGGCUUGGCGGCGGUUGCGAUGGCGGUUAGUGGGAGUUUGACUACUUCUACUACGUUGGGUACGCCGAGUGCUACGGCUAGUGGGACGGAGAAUGCGGCGGUUAGAGGGCCGGGAGGGGUGACUGGGGCUGAGGGGUCGGUUGUUACGGGGAUGAUGGGGAUUGCGCUUGGGGCGAUUUUGGUUGUUGCUGGGAUGCUGUAAGAACGCUUAGAUCUUCUCUGAGUAUCUGCCUGCUGCUCCUCACAUCCUUGCUUACCUAGGUAUAUGACGUGCUGUUUUUAUGGGCGUUUUGGUGUACAUAUGAUUCACCUUGGGUUUGGGAAAACUGGAUGGGUUGGAUUAGGCGUUUGUUGAACCAGAAGAUAUACUUGGUUACUUAUUAGGAUUGAAUAAAGAGAAUAGCU